AAUGAGAGGUCUACAUCCGGGUCCAGAGGCGGUGCGGCUGCGAUUUGGCCCAAUAGACGUCUCACUGGAGCGCUCGACGGGCGGAGUGGGACCUUCCGAGCGCCCGGCUGCAGGCCGAGAAGAUGGCGGUCCUGGCGCCUCUGAUAGCGCUUGUGUACUCGGUGCCGCGGCUUUCCCGAUGGCUGGCUCGACCCUACUGCCUUCUGUCGGCCCUGCUCUCUGCUGCUUUCCUCCUCGUGCGGAAACUGCCACCUAUUUGCCAGGGUCUUCCCACGCAGCGCGAAGAUGGCAACCCGUGCGACUUCGACUGGAGAGAAGUGGAGAUCCUGAUGUUCCUCAGUGCCAUUGUGAUGAUGAAGAACCGUAGAUCCAUCACCGUGGAGCAACAUGUAGGCAACAUCUUCAUGUUUAGUAAAGUGGCCAACGCAAUUCUUUUCUUUCGCCUGGAUAUUCGCAUGGGCCUGCUGUACCUCACACUCUGCAUAGUGUUCCUGAUGACUUGCAAGCCCCCCCUGUACAUGGGCCCUGAGUACAUCAAGUACUUCAAUGAUAAAACCAUUGAUGAAGAACUGGAGCGGGACAAGAGGGUCACCUGGAUUGUGGAGUUUUUUGCCAAUUGGUCUAGUGAUUGCCAGUCAUUUGCUCCUAUCUAUGCUGACCUGUCCCUCAAGUACAACUGUACAGGGCUAAAUUUUGGGAAGGUGGAUGUUGGACGAUAUACUGAUGUUAGUACCCGGUACAAAGUGAGCACAUCACCCCUCACGAAACAACUUCCUACCUUGAUCCUGUUCCAAGGUGGGAAGGAGGUAAUGCGGCGGCCACAGAUUGACAAGAAAGGACGGGCUGUCUCUUGGACCUUUUCUGAGGAGAAUGUAAUUCGAGAAUUCAACUUGAAUGAGCUAUACCAACAGGCCAAGAAACUGUCGAAGGGCGGAGACAGUACCCCAGAGGAGAAGCCUGUGGCCCCCACUCCCACUGCUGUGCCAGAUAAAGAGAACAAGAAGGACAAAUAGAAUCCUGCCUUCUCACUGCUUCCUGUCAGUUCCUGGCACCAGAUCCUGCUCUAACGACGAGCUUUGCCUGAGGCUUUAGCCAUUUAUUUGUUUCUCCUGUUUGGCUGUGAUUGGGUCAGGCAGGGUGACUGCUUCUGAAUUUUAAAGAAGCAUCCAGGGAGUCUUGGUGCAUUCUGCAGGGAGGCCUACUGUGCCCUGGCCAACUGUUUCUCUAAGAGGGUGAUCUGUGAUGGAGGUGGAAAUGGUUUCCCUCCAAGAUUGGGUCGGUGUUCUCCAACUGCUCUCCAAUACUUGGGACAUCACCAGUCUGUGGUUUCAAGAUUCUUAUUGGGCCCACCAAACCCUAGACUAAAUUAAAUUUGAUGUUAGAUGCCUGAAUUUUUCCACAACCCUUUCUUCCUUAGCUCCUUCUGGCUUGAUGUAUGACAUUACAAAAUUUAAUCCUGAAAAUGUCAAAUCCCAGUGAAAUUCCUUCAACCAGAAUUUUCAUUGGGAAUAGUGUUGAAUGAGCCCCCUGUAUUGUGGGGAUUUAGAGGAAAGGUAAUGGAAACUUGAGACGUUCCUUUGUGUGGUGGGAUCAGGAGAAAGCCUCAGGGCUGGACAGUUUUCUCCUACUGCCCACACCCAGCUAUCCAUAAUAAAGAGACCUGGAUCGUU